AUGUCAAACGGGAACGGCGAGCACACUGCCGCGGCUGCCAACGGUUACCCCGCCAAACCCCACUCAUCCGAGUCGUCCCCGCGGAGUUUCCAGGAAGUGUGCCAAGAGCUGAAGGAUAAGGUCGACGCUUUCUUAGCGGAUGACCAGAAGACGGAUGUUCUGCGCAAUGUUCAAAAGCAGCUGCGCGCGUCAAUGGGGGUCGUUGACGAGGCGUUGGCAAGAUACAGCCUGGAACAGAUUUCAAUCUCCUACAAUGGAGGAAAAGACUGCCUCGUACUCCUGAUCAUACUCCUCGCCGCCCUAGCACGUCGAUACCCUUCUCUUCCGAAAGCCUCCCAAACGAACGGGUCGAACGGCACGACUUCCUUCCCUCCUGAAUUUCAGGCAGUGUACAUCGUAUCGAAGCACCCAUUCGCCGAAGUUGACGAUUUUGUCGAAACCACCAGCGCCGAAUACCAUUUAGACGUAAAACGAUAUGCCAUGUCAAUGAAAGAUGGACUCGAGGCAUACCUAGCAGACAGACCAACCGUAAAAGCCAUUUUCGUAGGGACGAGGAGGACAGACCCCCACGGCGAGAAGUUGACAGAUUUUGACCCCACGGACUCCGGGUGGCCUGCCUUUAUGCGGGUGCAUCCUGUGAUCGACUGGCAUUAUGCCGAAAUUUGGGCAUUCAUCCGACAUUUAGAAAUACCAUACUGUCCUCUAUAUGAUCAGGGCUACACGAGUUUAGGCGGAACGCAAGAUACCCAUCCCAACCCUCAGCUGAAGACUGAAGGACAGAACGGUGCGGGCUUCCGACCUGCGUACGAGCUUACGGAAGACGAUGAAGAGAGAUUAGGUCGCGAUAGAUGA